AUGCCCUUCCCCAACAGCUCUGAUCUCAGCCCUUCCUCCUUCAUCCUGGCCAGCAUCCCUGGGCUGGAGGGUGCCCACUUCUGGAUGGCGAUCCCUCUGUGCUCCAUGUACAUCGUGGCCAUCGCAGGCAACUGCGCAGUGCUGUUCAUCGUGAAGACAGAGCCGAGCCUGCACGCUCCCAUGUACUUCUUCCUCUGCAUGCUGGCAGCCAUCGACCUGGCCUUGUCCACGUCCACGGUGCCACGCGUCCUCUCCUUCUACUGGUUCAACACCAGGGAGAUCAGCUUUGGUGCCUGCCUCCUCCAGAUGUUCCUCAUCCACACCCUCUCGGCCAUCGAGUCCACCAUCCUCCUGGCCAUGGCCGUGGACCGGUACGUGGCCAUCUGCCACCCUCUGCGACAUGCUGCCAUCCUCACCAAUGCCCUGACAAUGAAAAUAGGCCUGGCAGCCAUGAUCAGGGGAGUCCUCUUCUUCCUGCCCUUACCCUUGCUCCUCCUGCCCCUUCCUUUCUGCAGCUCCCGAGUCCUGUCACACUCCUUCUGCCUGCACCAAGAUGUGAUGAACCUGGCUUGUGCCAACACCACUCCCAGCAUGGUGUAUGGUCUCACCGCUAUCCUGCUGGUCAUGGGGCUGGACGUCCUCCUCAUCUGCAUCUCCUACGUCCUGAUCCUAAGGGCUGUCUUGAAGCUGGCGUCAUGGAAGGAGAGGCUCAAGGCAUUCAGCACCUGUGUUGCCCAUAUCUGUGUGGUUCUGGCCUUCUAUGUGCCACUGAUUGGGCUAUCUGUGGUGCACAGGUUUGGGAGAGGCCUGGCUCCGUUGGUCCGUGUCACCAUGGGCAACGUCUACAUCCUGGUGCCUGCUGUGCUCAACCCCAUCAUCUACGGGGUGAGGACCAAACAGAUACAAAGGAGGAUCCUGAAUUUAAUUCACAUAUAUAAAAUCAGAACUGCUCAGUGA